AUGUCGAGCGAGAGCGUGGACUCAGCCAACCGCCGCUCCCUUAGUCGAAGCGUCCCAGGGGUAGAUAUGCGCGACAUUACUGCGACAACCCGUCUGCUCGGGCCAGAACUUGCACGCUUCGCCCGUUGGGACUUGGUCGAAGGUGUGAUCGCUGAUCUUAAAGAUGACGGCUUUAUCCUGGACCCAGAGGGAGUUUUUGGCGGGGGAGACGACGGCGCCGAGGACAUCGGCAUUAAUGUUGCCGAAGUUGACUUGGGAGGCGAAGCGCUCGCCUUUCAGGAUCUCGGGGAGCUGGACGGCGUCGGCAAAGUAGUCGUCUACGCCGAUAGGGGCGGUGAUGGAGUCGAGAGGAGCUUUUUAAGGACUUGUUGGAAGAAGUGGUCUAGGGCGAUGAUUACAAAUUGGUAG